AUGGGCAAGAAGGACAAAAAGUCCGCCGAGCAUAAGGCUCGAGUGGCGGCUAAGCAGUCUAAGAAAACCGCCAAAAAUGAAAAAAAGUCCAAAACCAAGGGCAAGGAUGCGGAUAGUGACGCCGAGGAUGCCGAUCUGGAUGCCAUCCUCGCUCAGUACGCAGAAGAACAAGCCAGGUUUUUGAAGGUUACAGAGAUUGUCUCAGAGCCUCCUGCACCACGCUCAUCGCCCACUGUCCUUGCCUCGCCGUCCAAUCGAAACGAAUUGUUGCUCUUUGGCGGCGAGUACUUUGAUGGAACACACGCAACAUUCUUCAAUAACCUCUUCGUAUAUCUGAUCGACCGAGGUGAAUGGAGAGAGGUGACUAGUCCCAAUAGUCCUUUGCCUCGAAGUGGACAUGCAUGGUGUCGUGGAGGUAACAGCGGAGGAGUAUAUUUGUUUGGAGGUGAAUUUUCAUCGCCCAAGCAGGGAACUUUCUAUCACUACAAUGACUUUUGGCAUUUGGACACCGCGACUAGGGAGUGGACCCGCCUUGAGACCAAGGGUAAAGGUCCCCCGGCUCGAAGCGGUCAUCGAAUGACUUACUACAAGAACUACAUCAUCUUGUUCGGUGGAUUCCAAGACACUUCCCAGCAGACCAAGUACUUGCAGGACUUGUGGAUCUACGAUUGCCAGAAAUAUACCUGGUUUAGCCCAGCAUUGACAACGGCAUCGCAAAAACCCGACCCCCGGUCUUCAUUCUCAUUGCUUCCCCAUGAAACCGGAGCCGUGAUCUAUGGUGGUUACUCUCGAGUGAAGGCCACCAGUGGUGGCGGCGCGGGCGGCAAGCCAGUCAAGGGCGGCGCUCAAAAAAUGGUUCUACGGCCCAUGGUUCAUCAAGAUACAUGGUUCCUCAGAAUUACACCACCGGCAUCUGAUGCUCCAGCUGCUGCUGUUCCAAUAAUCCGCUGGGAGCGGAGAAAGAAGCCCGCCAAUACACCAAACCCGGCUCGUGCAGGAACAACGAUGGCGUACCACAAGGGUCGCGGUAUCAUGUUUGGUGGAGUUCAUGAUGUUGAGCUAAGUGAAGAAGGCAUUGACAGCGAGUUCUUUGAUUUGUUGUUUGCAUGGAACACGGAUCGAAAUCGAUUCUUCCCGCUAAGUCUACGACGACCGCGCGCGGCUGGCAAGAAGCAGGCGAACCAGGGUGUCAAAACACGAAACAGAGGUAAGGCCGAUGAAGAAGAGCUUCUGGCAAAUCUCAAAGCACUGGAGGCAAGGGGUGGGAUUCGAGAUGAUGAUGACGACGAUGAGCUUAUGCAAUUGAGCACGCCUGUGGAGGAGCCUGUUGAGCCUUCUAAACCCGCAAUUGUCCGCUUCGAGAUGCCUCAUAGACGCUUCAACGCACAACUUGCGGUACAAGAUGACACUCUUUUCAUCUAUGGUGGAACUUUUGAAAAGGGCGAUCGGGAGUUCACGUUCGAUGAUAUGUACUCUAUUGACCUCGUCAAGUUGGAUGGUGUCAAGGAAUGCUUCUACCGGGAGCCCAUGAACUGGAACCUCAUGGACAACGAUGAGGACAGUGAUGAAGAUAUGGACGACGAGGAAGACGACGAGGAUGAGGAUAUGGACGACGAAGAAGGUGAUUCUAUGUCUCUUGAUACCUCAUCGCCUGCUACAACAGAAGUCACUGUGCCGUCGGUCACUCAGGAUAUGGAACAGCUCGAGGUUGAGGAACAAGAAACCGACGUCCAGCCUGAUGAUAGCCGUCCAUUGCCUCGGCCUUUCGAGAGUCUCCGCGAAUUCUUCAGUCGUACUUCAGAGGAAUGGCAGAGGCUGCUCAUCGAGUCCAUGAGGCUGAAAGGCCAGGGCGAUGAGAAGAGUAUUAAGGAGUUGCGAAAGGCGGCAUUCGAGACUGCAGAAGAGAAAUGGUGGGAUAGCCGAGAAGAGAUCAUGGCUCUAGAGGAUGAACAGGAAGCAGCCGGGAUCGGAGAGGUGGUUAGCAUGGCUGAUCGGACUGACAAUGUGGGAGGAGCUGGUCGUCGUCGUUGA